UUGUUGAGGAUGACGGUCAUGUGAUACUUUAAGGAUGGGGCUUUUAUUUUGAAGGGCGUGAGCUGCCGCCGUUAUCACGUGACCGGUCGGUCCGGUGACAGAGUCACUGAUGUGCACAGAGCCGCUCCAAAGCGCUAUUAAACAAGAGAUCCGUGAUUGUGGAUGUCAUUUCACGUGUUUACCUGUCGGGAGUGUUUCACGGCGGAAGUGGGUUUCACAGCGCGAUGUUUCGAUGUGUCUGAUGUCAUUCUGCCUGCUAAUGGCUAGAGACGAUACAAGGAUCGAGACGAAUGAACGAUUUGAACAGGUUUGACCGGUCAGAAUAAUACACGGUCUGACGGACUGAAAUGUGAUGCACGUUGCGCUGUUUUGAUCAGGUCUGUAUGAAGUAUCCGCUGCGCUUGAUGCAGAUAUCCGCUUAGCAUUAGCUUUAGCCGCAGAUGUGCAGUCAGUCACUGCUCACGUGACUCUGUCUUCAUAAACAGACAGCGAUGAUCAGACACUCAUAGAUCCACGAGAUAUAAUCAAACACACACACACACAUCUGAGCCGAUAUCAUGGCGAACGUGACGGAUCUGCAGAGUAAAUACAGUAAACUGGCCCAGGAGUACUCAAAGCUCAGAGCUCAGAAUCAGGUGCUGAAGAAGGCCGUGGUGGACGAGCAGACCGCUUCCUGCUCCAUGAAGGAUGAGCUGAAGCAGAAGGAGCAGAGCUUGAGGAAGGUGGAGCAGGAGAUGGACAGCCUGAGUUUCAGGAACCAGCAGCUGACCAAACGAGUGGAGCUGCUGCAGGAGGAGCUGCUGCUGUCUGAGAGCAAGAACAAGAAGAGCAAAAAUAAAGGUGACUCUCCAUCUCAGGUCAGCCUGCAGACACAGAGUGUGUUUGAUGAAGACCUGCAGAAGAAGAUCCAGGAGAACGAGCGUCUUCACAUCCAGUUCUAUGAAGCGGAUGAGCAGUACCGCCGACAGGAAGCCCAGCUCCGAGCGCGGCUGGAUCAGCUGGAGAAAGAGUCAGAGGAGCAUCAGGCCGUCGUCGACGCACUCAACCACAAAUACACAGACGCCAUCGAGAAGCUGCAGAACGACAAAGCCCUUCUGGAGGUCAAGGGUCAGACGCUGGAGAGAGAAGCUAAGGACUGUCGAAUCAGAACAGAAGAGUGUCAGCAGCAGCUGAAGAAGUACCAGAGUGAAGUGAGCAGUCAGCUGAAGCACAGCAGCAGUGUGAUCCAGGAGAAAGUGCCCUUCAAUGACACCCAGCUGAGUGACUACAACAGUCUGAACGUUCCUCUGCACAACAGGAGGCAUCAGCUCAAGGCCCGGGACGUGGUGGCUCAGGCUCUGGGGUUUGUUCAGGGUCUGGUGUCUGCUCUGCUGAACUUCCACUCGUACACGGAGCAGAGGGUCCACAUCUAUCCUCUGGACUCGUCCAUCGAGGCCAUCUCUCCCGUCAACCUGAAGUUCUCUCAGUAUCUGCACGAGAACGCCUCGUACCUGCGUCCGCUAGAGGAGGAUCUGCUGCAGCUGCAUCACAGCAUCACAGAGGACGGCAUCACUGCUCUGGAGACGAUGGCUAAGCUGCUGGACUUCUCCAGAUCCUUCUCCUCUUACUGUAGCUUCCUGCAGAAGAUCCUGCCGUAUCAGCUCAAGAGUCUAGAGGAGGACUGCGAGGCGUCUCUCUGCACAGCAGCGCUGGCGUCCAAGAACCGGCAGUUACAGAAGGAUAUGAAGAAACUGACCGCCGUCUUCCAGAAGUUGAAGUCUUACGUGGCUCUGCUAGCCCUGCCCAGUGUGUGUUCAGAAGUGAUGUGUCAGAGCAGUGCUAACGCAGUCUUCACUCAGAUGAGUGUGUGUUUACACGGCCUUCACGACGCCGCCACGGUCUGUGUGUGUGUGUGUGUGUGUGUGAGAACAGAGCUGUCUCAGCACUACAGUCAGAAGGUGUCUCUGGAGCAGGACCUGCCCACCGUCACACAGAAGUUUCGCACCACUAACGAGUGUUUGCUGUCUUCGCUGGCGUCGCUCACAAACAGCUGCGGAAAGAUGGCCACCUUCUUCAGCAACAGCCUGGACUUCUUGGCGUCUUGUCCGGGAUACAGUCCUCGAGGAGGCUUCCUGAACCCGCUGCAGGCCGACGCCAUGAUGGACAACAAGAGACGAGCUGCCAGCUACAUGAGCUCCCUCAGAAAGGUGCGCUCCGAGUCUGUGCCCUACAGAGAAGCGCUGGCAAACAGACACGUUCUGACCAGCUCUACGGAGAGCAGAGAGGGACUCAUGCAGCAGGUGGCUCAGAGUCAGGAGAAGAUGUCUCGUCUGGAGCAGGAGAAGGAGCACUGGCUGCUGGAGGCUCAGCUGGGUCAAGUGCGUCUGCAGAAGGAGAUUCAGCGCAUCGCUCAGCUGGAGGCUCAGAUCGCUGCAGGACACCCAGAAGAGACACACGGUGCUGCAGACGGCCCUGAUCCCGAGUGCGCUGAUGCUCCGGAGCCUGUUCAGGACUCCAGUUUGAUCGGGAUGCUGACCAUCACUCCCUGCAGUGAGAGCGCUGCAGAUCAGGAGUCUCGUGAACAUCUGAUCAAGCAUCAUUACAUGAGCCGCGUGUCAGAGCUCACCGCUCAGCUGCAGAUGUGUGACAGUAAAGCCGUUCACUUCCACGCUGAGUGUCGAGCCGUGGCCAAACGCCUGGCGAUGGCAGAGAAGUCCCGCGAGACGCUGACUGAGGAGCUGAAGCUGGCUCAUCAGAACAUCACACGCUUACAGGAUGAGCUCAGCACCACCAAGAGAAGCUAUGAAGACCAGCUGAGCAUGAUGAGCGACCACCUGUGCAGCAUGAACGACACGCUCAGCAAACAGCGCGACGAGAUCGACACGCUCAAGCUCGCCUCCAAGGGCAACUCAAAGAAGAACAAGAGCCGAUAAUGUCUCAGUGACGGCGAACAUUCCCACACCAGACAUGUGACAGGAAGCAGCUGAUCUCUAGAGGAACCAUCGCUGUGUGUGUGUGUAUGUGAGUGUGUUUAAUGGUGGAAUUAGUCUGUUUCUCCUCACACAGAUGUGGUUUGUUAGAGAAAUCCUGCCUCACACACACACACACACACACACUCUCACACAGACACAAAAACACACAAGUCUGUUUGAAUUACUCCCAGACGCUGCUCUGCCGAAUUAAGAGUGAAAUCAUGGUAAACCUGUGUGCUUUUUUUCUGAACAAAUAUACUGAAGAGAUCGUCUGGAUGAGAAGGAUCCAUGUGAUUUUCCUGCUUAAUUUCCUCAGAAAAUAAACCAUGUUUUUAUGCACUAAAUCUAUUGUCGUUGUCUAGAGUUCAUGAGGUCACAUAUCACAGAUUUUUGUGCAGUAGAGUAUGAUGUGAAUCUGUCACUGAAUCCAUUCAGCUCUUGAAUGCUCUGAUAGCUGAUGAAGGGCAGCAUGAGUGUCAUGAUCAUCUCCUUUUAGUCUCUCUUAGUCUCUUUAUAUGGAUCUGUUUAGCGGCACAAUGUACUGGAUUCAACCAAAAUCAAGAUAAUAAAGCUGUAAACUCA